AUGUCUUUACGUGAAAGCGGCGCCCGCCGCACCCCGGCCGGAGCCGGGACGCAGCAGGCGCCGCCAACGAGAAAGCGGCGCCCGCCGCACCCCGGCCGGAGCCGGGGCGCAGCAGACGCCGCCAAAGCGAAAGCGGCACCCGCCGCACCCCGGCCGGAGCCGAAGCGCAGCAGGCGCCGCCAAAGCGAAAGCGGCACCCGCCGCACCCCGGCCGGAGCCGAAGAGCAGCAGGCGCCGCCAAAGCGAAAGCGGCGCCCGCCGCACCCCGGCCGGAGCCGAAGAGCACAGCAAGCGCCGCCAACGCACAAGCGGCACCCGCCGCACUCCGGCCGGAGCCGAAGCGCAGCAAGCGCCGCCAGAGCCAAAGCGGCACCCGCCGCACCCAGGCCGGAGCCAAGGCGCAGCAAGUACCGCCAACGCGAAAGCGGCGCCCGCCACACCCCAGCCGAAGCCGAGGCGCAGCAAGCGCCGCCAACGCAAAAGCGGCGCCCGCCGCACUCCGGCCGAAGCCGAAGCACAACAAGCGCCGCCAACGCAAAAGCGGCACCCGCCGCACCCCGGCCGGAGCCAGAGCACAGCAAGCGCCGCAGAAGAGAGCAAGUGCCAUUCGCCGGUGGACAAGGAUACUAG